GACAGUUUGUCAGUGGUUGAAGUGAUAUAAUAACCAAGUUUACGAAGCCUUGGUGCCCUGUAUGCUGAGCAAUGGCGUCUAAAAGCAGUGGAGUGUGGAAAUAUUUCAUGGAUAAGCCAAAUGGCUUAGCUCAGUGUCGAUUGUGCAAAAAUGAUUAUUCACGAAAGGGACGAGGAAUUACAUCUUUGAAAAACCAUUUGAAAUCAGAGCACAAAGAACAGUUUGAAGACUUAACAGCAGAAGAGAGAAAGAAGUCGGAGGAGAAACUAAAGAAAAAAAAAACUCCUUUGCAAAAAGCCAAGUCAGAUAUCAAGCAGAGGAGUGUUGCAGAGUAUUUUCAGAGUGCAAACCUGUGGAAGGCUUCCAACCCUGAGUCAAAGAAACUGGAUAACUGUGUAGCAGAAAUGUUAGUCGUGGAUGAUUUACCUUUCAGUCACGUUGAGGACACAGGAUUCACGAGACUGAUGACUGAAGCUGCUCCACUAUACAAGCUAAAGCAGCGAAAGUUUUAUUCCUCAAUGAUAUGCAAUGAUAUGUAUGAGUCUGUUUUCAGUAAAGUAAAAGAACUAAUUGAUGAAGUGAAGCAGGACAACAAACUUUCCUUCACAACUGAUGUGUGGUCGGAUGCCUCAGCAGGUGUCAAACUGCUGAGUCUAACUGCACAUACCAUGAAUAAGGAAUUUAAAAGAAUGAACUUUUUGUUAGGUGCUGAACCACUAGAAGAACGGCACACAGGAAAAUAUAUUUCUAAAAUGUUUGAUGAUAUGUUGAAGAAGUGGGACAUAUCUAGUACAAAUGUGCACUGUGUUUUGCGUAAUGCUGGAGCAAAUAUGAAAAGAGCGCUGUUUCUGUCAGGUGUAAAUAACCUGGACUGUGCAGUGCAUAAAAUACAACUGGUUGUUAUAACCGGAAUAUCAUCACACAGUGAUAUAGACAAAAUGAUUCAGAAAUGUCGCAGCAUUGCGACGCACUUUCAUCACUCAACAAAGGCACAAGAUGAACUGAAAAAAAUUCAGGACAGGUUGCAAGAACCUAAGCCAUCUGUUGUCCAUGACACACCCACGAGAUGGAUUAGCACCUUACUCAUGCUGAAAAGAACACUGGAAAUAAAGGAGUCGCUAUGUCUGUAUGCUGCUGCCAACUCCAAAAUUAAACAACUCAGCAAUACUGAGUGGUUGAUAAUGUCCAAAUGUGUACAAGUCCUACAACCUUAUGAAGAUAUCACAAAAAAAAUAAGUGACUCCACAUCAACAGCAGCUGAAGUGAUACCUCUUGUAAUGUCCUUAAAACGCACUCUUCAGCAUAGCACAUCAGGAGUUUCUGAACGUACUGAAGAAAUUCACACCUCAGCUUCAGGCUCUGAAGGUGAACCAGACAGAGAAUCAGUGACUGAGUCACAACAAGACAGAGAAGCAACACGGGUAGUAAACAUCAUGAAACAAGCAAUGCGAGCUGAUGUUGAGGAAAGAUUUUCCAAGGUUGAAAGUGAAGAUCUGUACAGUGUUGCAACAUACCUUGAUCCAAGAUACAAGAAUAAAUUCUUUUCUUCGUCUCAUGUCACUAAUCAAGUGAAAUCAUCACUUGCCAGAGUAUGUGAAGAGCUUACUCAGGUGACCGUACCGGGAGGGGAAGAUGAAGAACCAAGAAAAAAACGAAGAAGAGAUGACUCGACUAAAACACCUGCCACCUGCGGAACAUUAGAUGAAGCGAUGACCUCCAUCCUUGCUUCCAGCAGUGCCGAUAAAGCAGAAGUGUCAUCUGCGACAAGGAAUGUCAAAGAAGAUAUUGAGAAAUAUCACAAGGAGAAAAUAAUCAAUGGAACAAGUCAAGACAGUUUGCAAUGGUGGAAGACAAAGAAGAGCGUCUACCCUGAUUUGGCGAAGGGCGCUUGCCAGUACCUCUCCUGCCCACCAAGCAGCGUCCCCAGUGAGCAGCUGUUCGGGGGUGCUGGCUUGAUUCACGAUACUAAAUGCAAACGGCAUUUGCCAGAAAAGGCAGACAAGGUGCUGUUUUUGAAAAGUAACUUGCCUAUCUUAAACUUUAAAUAUUAA